GGCAAUUGCUCGGGAUGUCCCCACCUUCGUCUUUAACUAUGCAGCCCGUGUCAGCGCUUGCGCAUUAAUAAACAGGAGGAGCUAGCAGGUAGGCGCUUGACACAGAAAGCAGAGGCGAAAGUAAGGAGAGAGCAGUCCGGGACCACGCCCACGAUGAGACAGCUGGGGGAAAGGCGCCCGAAGAUAAAGCACUGUGGCAGCAUGAUCCAGUGACAACCUGCUGUUUCCUUUGUGCUCAAAACCGUUGAACAAUUUUAUCCCUGCUGCUCAUUUUAUUUCAUAGCCGUUGCCAUCAUGGAAGGCAAAGAUGUUGCUGUAGGCACCCUGAUAGACUUCGACGCGGAACCUUGCUUGGUGGAGUCGCCACCCGCUGCACCAGUUAGCCAUAGCGCCCAUUAUUUUGGCUUGGACUUCUUGGGUAGGGAAGCAGUGGCCCCUGACGAAGUGCCGGCCUUGGGUUCGAACACCUCGUGGCCCGAUCAGGUGGGGGCCUCCGUUGCCGAGGUGACGGAGCACACGGCCCUGGCCUCAGACGGCCGGUUGGACUCGGAGGCCUGUUGGGCCGAACCCAGCGCCGGCUGCGGGGUCCCGAGCCAGAGCCAAGGCGGCGAGGACCCGUCGGGCGACGAGAGCGAGGCCACCGAGUCGGCCGACAGCGAGAACGAGGCCACCGACUCCCCCUCGCACGGGGACUGGAGCGCCUCCCGCCGCUCCUCCUCCAACGAGUCCUUCUCCUCCAGCCAGAGCGCCGAGUCGGAGGACGCCGAGUCGGCCGAGCGCCGCGAGUUCAUGAAAGCCUACGUGGAGAAAAUAUUUCACGGGCGGGAUGAGUUUGAACAGGAAGAGAAGGCACGCUUUGGGGAGCUGUGCAGCGGGGACAAUGGGAAAGGCAGAGAGUGGUUCUCCAAAUACGUCAGCGCUCAGCGCUGCCAUUCAAAAUGCGUCUCGGAGCAAACCUUCUACAGGCUCGUGCAGUCUUUCGCAGUCGUUCUCUUCGAGUGCUAUCAGAUGGAUGAUUACCCUCCUGCCAAAAAUCUCAUGACCAUGUGCUUCACUUACUACUACAUAGGGAAGGUACAGCUCUCCCCCACCGAGCUGCUGGAGAAACCUGCAGCGGGGAUAGACUCCUACCUGAAGUCGGCCAACACGUGGCUCGCCGGGAAGAAGGACAUCGCCGAGCGGUUACUCAAGAACACCUCUGCCAAGACGGAGAAUGUCAAAGGCUUCUUCGGGGGGCUGGAGAGCAAACUGAGGGGGCCCGUCCUCAAGAAGAAUGAAGAUGCAGAGGCUAAAACUCAUGGGAAGCCGAAAAAGAUGGUGGUCUUUGAGUCUCCUGAAGAAAAGAAGGGGGAGAAGAUCUACCUGUACACCCAUUUAAAACAACAGCCCAUCUGGCAUACCCUGCGGUUCUGGAAUGCGGCGUUUUUCGACGCAGUGCACUGCGAGAGGAGGAAGAGAUCACCCACCACAAGGAGAACUGCUGGGGAGGAUAAAGAAGAGAGGGAGAAGUGGUGUCACAUGACCCAGGAGGAGAAAGAUGACAGCCUGCGGUUUAAUGAAAAUAUCACAUUUGGGCAACUGGGAACAUUUACCCAUAACAUGCUGGCCUUUGGACUGAGCAAGAAGCUGUGCAAUGACUUUCUGAAGAAACAGGCUGUUAUUGGCAAUCUGAAUGAAGAACAAUACAAGCUGCUCAGCGAUCACAUUGAACAGAUGGCAGUGGAGUAGAAUGCUGAACUUGUGGAAGGGAAUUCGGAGGCUAGUGAUGUCCCUCGUGCAUGCCUAGCAAAUAUUGCAGCUAUAGAUCCUGCAAAGUGUUCAUUCUGAAAAAUCUGUACAGAUCCCUUGCCUGUGUGCACCAUUUCCCCACUGUUGUAAGUUAGCUCCCAACAUGCAACCGUGGAAACUGCACGCAUGCCUUCCCUCCUGCAUGCAGUGUGUUACCCAGUCACCUGUGCAGUGUAUACAACAAGCUGUGUCAUCACCCCAGGCUAACGAGGCGCCGAGCAGCAUGUCGGCUUCGUUUCAGAAAUGUACAGGAUGAAGUAACCAGCUGACAUCUCUGUCUUGCCUGGUGAAAUCUGUUUAGUUUUCUAUUUUCCAAAUGGAGAUCAUGAAGAAAAUGUCAUAGUUACUCGUAUAGUUAUUAAGCAGACACAACUGUGAUGUAGGGUCUUGUGAAUAGUGCAGGAAGUGACUCUACCAAUGAAGAGACUGUUUUAGAUCUAUAAAAGGGAACUUCUGUAUUUCCAUUUUUGCCUUGCUUCAUUUCUGCCCUGAUGCAUUCUCAGUUUCUGUGAUGCUCUUUAAAAUCAGAAUACCUCCAUUGUUACCACAUCAUCCCAGGAAAAAAAAUCUAGAACUUGGGAAAACCAGGAUCUAGCAAAAACCUAAUUUUAUUUGUUCAGUGCUCCUUGUGUUUUUGGGGGAAAAAAACUUGAAACAUACCCUUUAUAAGAUGCUGAUGAAUUAAGCAAGUAAUUUCUUCAGGUAAGGGAAAUCUUUUACAGCAGAAGGGUAUUCUGUAUUUUGUUCCAAAUUAUCUUUGAUCUACUUCACAAAUUAACUGUUCAAUAGAGCAUAGUAAAAUUGUCCCAGAUCACUAGGGACUGAAGGUUGAGAGUUUUCAUAGAAACCUGGUGGAUUGGGUUUCUCCAGCAGCAAGGCUGAAAACCCCUGAAGCAGGCAGUAAUUGUGUUCAGUGUAGCAUAUAGCUGAGGAUUGCAACUCCAGUCUAUACAGUACUGUAUGUCCUGCACUUGUACUGUUCUUUCCAUCUCGACUCUUAAUGACUUAAUGCCUCGCGUUUAAUUAAUUUAAAAAUUAAUGAAGAUCUUGAAAACAGAUGAUUUAGGUGUUGAUUGAUACCUCUUAAACAGUGAUUCCCACUCCUGCUCCUAAGAAACCAUAGAUGUUUUUAUUUAUUUUUACUCUCUGACUGUUUGGUUCUAAUUGCUUUUGGCUUUUAAAAUGUUGAAGGGGAUUGUAACUGGUAUCAGCCCUGUACUGAUUUCCGAGUUUGAGAAUUGCCCUUAUUUAGAUGUGUGGUAAUCAUACCAACCCUUCUGGUAAAGAAGGGGAAGACACCUGUGAUCAUGUCUCAUCUCUUACCAUUCCCAGCUGCUCAUCGUGAAUCGGUCACCUGUUCAGAACUGUUUUGACAGCAAUAUGGAAGCAAGCAUUUCAAAAGCUGAGGAGGGGCAGCAUAAAGUUUUUUUUUAUGCUAAGGUUGGUGGAACAGUUAACUAGAAGUACGUUGUAUGUCCGAAUACAGAAACUGAUAACCAAAAGUCUAAACAAUCAGAUCAAUUAAGGGCGUCAGUUAGCACCAGUGAUGACCAACACAGUUAGAGGGAAAGCCAGCAGAGAUGGGUGUUCACAAAGACCAGGGUUUAAAGCUUCAAGAGCUGAAGAAUUUGAGAAGUGGAGUUGCCAAUUAAUGCUCUGUAUGUCAGUGUAGGUCAAAGGUUAAUAGUUAUUAAAGCAUGCUCUAUUAGCAGGUAGGUUAGAAUUCCUGCCACAGUAAUACUAACAGUAUUGGUAUAGUAUAGUGGUAGAUUUAAUGAUAAAAAUGGAAUGUCAGUAGAAAAUAUGACUUCUAAUCAUAUCCCAUAGAGUUACUUCAGGGUCAGAUUUAUGGGAUGCUGCAUUGAUCUCUGCCUAAACAGAUACUUGAUAAUCUGCUCAAAGUUUGCUCAAGAUGUUCCUCUGCAUUGGUUUGUGACAGACAGGAGGCCUUUGGCAAUGUCGGUUUCACAUUGCAUUAACUUUGAAGUAAUGUAGACUACAAAGAAUGCAUGUAGGAGCUGUUCGUUGUUAUGACACUGUCUGAGAUGCUGAAAUGACUUAUUACAUUUAACACAGCCUUUCUGAUUAGUUGCUUUGAGAAUGUGGCACUUGAUCAUUAAUUUGACUAGAUUUGUGGAGUCAUCUUGUUUUGUUUAAGACCAUAGCUCAAACUGAAGUGCUCACCCUGUGGGCAGGACAGUUACUGUGUCUUAUCUCAGACAUCCUAAAAGGCACGUUUAUCGCAAGCCAUUUUUUGAUGUAUCAGUGAUGUAUCAUCUGUUGCAAGCAAUGGACAAGGGGUUGAUUUACCAUAGCAAAGAAUGUGGUGACGUAAAAAUUCUUUAGAGGUGCUCUCUGGUCCUGUUCGGAUGGAUUGCUCCUAGCAACAUCACUCCAUUUGUGAUGGAGCAACAGGAUUUCCAUUUAUCAUGGGAUCUGCACGUUUUAUCAUAUGUGAGAAAUUGCCAGAGAGGCUUUAAUGAAAUGUUCAAAUGACAAAAACAAGGAAGUACAUUGAGCUACAGAAGAAUCUGAGUGUGCAGUCACAGCCACCAGGUGGCAAUGGUGCACUGUCAUUUUCAUUUCCUCCCUCAAACAGUUGGCUUUGGACUUUUUCCUCUUGUGGGGAAUUUUCUGUAGGUUCUCAUUGUUUUGUUUAGCAGCUCUCUUCAUACUUUGAGUAUGUGAUAUUUCCAAAGCUAGAUAUGAGAAAAUCACCUCAGCCUCAGCCGAUAUUAAGGAGUGGGAGAUGCAGCUGUUUUGUUUCUUUUUAAUCUGCAUGUUUCGGUUUAGCAGUGCAGCUCCUUUAUUAUUGAAAUGGGUUUUAAUGUCCAUUCAUUGACGUGCCCUCAGAUUCUAAGUGAAAGGUUUUUAUAUCUAAAAAAUGAGUUGAUGCCAAGUGAGAUUUUAAGAUGAAGAAAAAAAAACUGUUUUGUAUGUUUCGUUUCUUAAAUAUUCAGUCUGCAUAAGGAUAUGAACUCAGUCAAAGGUUGGAAUUAAUAGAUCAUGCUCUGUAGCCCUGUGCUCUGUAGAGGAAUUAUUGUGAGAGACAUUUAAAAAUGUCUUUCUGCAAUAGUAAGAUUGGUCACUACAGUCCUAAUUUCUAGGGCAAGUCAUGACCAACAUUUUUUUCUACUGAAGAAAAGAAAUAUUAAAUAUAGUUCCUGUAUUUCAUUUUUUGUCAGACUUUAUACAGGCCUGCCCCAUUAUGUCCAUAAAUGGGAGACUACAUUUGUGUCUUGUGUUCUAGUGGCAUUUUUAUUUUUAAAAUAUUACACUAUAUAAAUCCAUAUAAACUAUUCAUCCCUUUUCAGAUACAUUAUCAACAGCUUUUUUUUAACACCAGAAUGGAUCUAAUAAGAAAUCUCUAAACUUCUCUGUAUUAGAUGCAUAUUUUGGCUGUGUGAUUAAUGAACUUGGUUCUGCUUAAAAACACUGAUCUAAUCAGCUUUUUCCUCUCUUGCUCAGUAGCCUCCUUAAGAGAAAUCCUAAGAGAUUUAAAUGCUUUUCAGAUGGGCAGUGCUGUAUGCUGUGUGGAGAAUCGGACCAGGAGGUAGCUUGUGUGGUGUGUGAAGCUAGUGUCCCUGAUGGGAUUGUGUUCCUGUCUCGAAUUUGCACACAUGGCCCUUUUAACAGUACUAGGCCAAGAAGCGGGCCCUCUGUUUGGGGAACGAUUUAGUGCUAUUAAGUGUCCUCCAGGACUAUGGUAAUAUAAAAGGCUCCAGAAUGAGAUCUGUUACAUUUAUCUAUUUGCACCAGAGUUCAUAAGAGGGGCGAUAGUGUUCCAUUACAAAAUGUGUGUUUAAGAAUUCUUGAUCUGUCCGCAGGCAGGGGUUUGUAAUGGUUGCUCCUGUUUUAGCUUGUGUUAUUAGUACAUUAUAUCACUUUUCUGAGACUCACCUGUGGCCCUUUUUUGUGUCCCUCAAAACGAAGCAUUCUUUGUCGAAUGUUGAGUGUCGGCUUGGUACACCUAGGCGAUCGGUACAGUACCACAGAAUUUCUCUGGUCCACCAUAGGUGAAGGAUUAGUUCAGCUUGUGGAAAAGGUCUGAUCAGGUCAUCUGAUUCUCUGGCAGGACCUAAGGUUCAUGCUUGGGAGGAAAAAGCAUAGAUAAUGAACUGUCAAGUAACUCCCAAAAAGGCUAUUUUAAAAAUUUGUACUAAUUCAGAUACUGUUGUUAGUUUCUCAUUAGAAAGUACAGAUUUCUACAGAUGAAAAGCACAUUUCAUUUCCCUUCAGAGAGACAUGUUUGAUCUUUCAAACAUGUAUUUAAGUGGUAAAAUUGUAUAUAUGUCUGUAACUGCCUUUCCUAUGUGUUAACAUUCUCCAUGUACUGGCAGAUGGUUGAAUUAUGUAGAUGAAGUAUUAUAUUUGUGAACGUGGCACUUUAUUUUUGAGUAUAUUCGGGUCAUGUUUUGUUGUAUUUAAAUAAGCAUUUAUGUUAACUCGCACAUGUGCUAUACCUAUUCACAUCAGGUAAUGGUGGGUGAUAUGAUGAAAGUAAAGUAUUUCAUUUAUAUAUUUUUUUUUCUUUUGAAAUGUGUGUCCAAUAUGUGGAUAUUGGUUUUUGUACUUGUGGAGUCUUGUGGCAGCCCAUGGAAAUCAGUGGGUGCAGUAGAAAACCUCCAUAGAGACUUAGUUACAGGCAAUAAAACUGUGAAAAAAGUGGAGUGUGUUAAUACGGUGUUGUUGCAAAUGUAAAAUAUUUCAUAGUAGUGUAAUUACGUAUGCCGCAUGGUUGAGUUAAAGUGAUUCUAAAGGAGGAAAAAUAUGUAUUUUUGUGUCUAAACUGCCGACCCAGUUUGUGAAAAGCCCAUGGACAAUGUUUCAAAUAAAGAUAUUUUUUAACGUUUAA